AAUACCCCUCCCCUUUCUCUUCCGAUCCUCUCCCUCGCUUAUUCCCACCCUCUUCCCUUCCAUCUUCCUUAUUUUCUGCAUCUUCAAUUUUUUUUUCACAUAUUCCUCUUAAAAAUUAUUUUACACCCGAUAUUGUUUGGUGAGAUCUAUAAGAAAUAAUUAAAAUGGCAAGUACACCUGAAAAGAAGAGAUCAAGCUUCCCCCCAAAAAGAGGGCAAAUCAAAGCCGAAAUAUUUAACGGCUUAGCGAGCUCCGUGGUGUCCACGGUGUCCAUGGUGGGGGAAUCGCUUCGAAACAUGAUUGGAAACCGUGGCACAUCACCAUCUUCUUCCUCUACUUCUACCCCACCACCAAGUGCCUACAAUUCUGAGGGCAACAACGACGAUGUCUCCUAA